UUCAACCCGCAAGUCAGUCAGUCUACACCACCCAGAAUGGUUCACCGAAUUCGCGCCGUCGUAAUCAUCAUCAAGCUGACCGCCCUGCUGGCGGUCUUCAUCGCGACCACAACCGCCUUGGAACCUGCUGUCCGCGGACUCCGAGGCUUGCGGCCACGCAAGGCCAAGCACAUCACCGCGGACGCGGACACCAGCAGCAACGCGCUAACCUCCGCCAAGCAGCCUUCCCCGGACACCAUCCCAUGCACGUGUGCCAUCUUCCUGACAGGACAGUUUAACCGCCAGAACCGGUCGGAACCGCCCCGCGGAAACCCCGGCAUCCAGAUGGAACUGAUGCAGCACUACCCGUGUUCCGCCGCCGGCAACAAGCAGUGCUCGAACCGCUGUCUCGACGCCAUCCUGAAGCACCUCCCCAACUCCCCCGCCCUCAUCUGUGGAACCAUCGACCGGGAUUGCUUCCGGGAGCGGGCUUACCUGUUCUACCAAAACUGCUCCCCGCGCUGGGUCAACAGCAACCUUUCGGCAGGGCGGGAGUUUUGCUGCCAGGACGACCGACCCGUCCGCUGCACCAAGAUGGCCGCCCUCAUCCGACAGCAGCUGCUCGCCGGAAACGGAACCACCCCAACCACAAGCGAUAAAGACGACGUCGAAGACGAAUAA